GGAGGUUGAUCCUCGAGCUGCUGUGCACGCAAAGGAAUCGGGGCCCGGCAUCACCUCCUCGCCCCGGGCCGGGCCCUGCCCCCCACCCUCCCCUCCUGGUUGACAUGGGUUCGGCCAAGAGCGUCCCAGUCACCCUGGCGCGGCCUCCGCCGUACAACAAGCAUCUGGCUCGAGUGGAGGAUCCCCGUUCACCUAGUGCCGGCAUCCUGCGCACUCCCAUCCAGGUGGAGAGCUCUCCACAGCCAAGCCUACCAGCAGGGGAACAACUAGAGGGUCCUAAACAGGCCCAGGACUCAGAUCCCCGCUCUCCUACCCUUGGCAUUGCACAGACACCUAUGAAGACCAGCAGCGGAGAUCCUCCUAGCCCACUGGCGAAACAGCUGAAUGAAGUAUUUGAGACUGCAGCCUCCAAAUCGAAUCUUACUCCUGAGCCUGUUCUGCCCCUGCGGGCACCUUCAUCUUCUGAAUUGGACUUGCCUCUGGGUACCCAGUUAUCCGUUGAGGACCAGACAACACCUGGGAACCAGAGUGAGCUCCCCUCCAAACAGGUGUUUUCCAAGGAAGAAAUAAGACAGCUCACAGAAACCCCUGUGGCCAGCCAGAGCUCAGACAAGCCCUUGAGAGACCCUGAGAGUCCCCGAUCUUCAGGUUCUAAGCGCAAUAGAUGGAAACCAAACGGCAAGGUACCAGGGAGAUCCCCCCUCACCAUCCUGCAGGAUGACAACUCACCCGGGGCCCUGACACCAAGACAGGGUAAGCGGCCUUCUCCUCUAAGUGAAAAUGUUAGGGAACUAAAGGAAGGAACUGGACGACUUCUGAAAACUGGAGAACGAGCAUGGGAGCAAAGCCAGGACCACGACAAGGAAAAUCAGCACUUUCCUUUGGUAGAGAACUAGACCCUGCAUGGCCCUAGCACUGGACUCACCCAGGGCCUGCUGAUAUUCUGUGUCCUCUCACCCCUUCUUUCCCAGGAAGACUAGGAGAGAUUUAUUUUUCUUUGACUCCUCCUAAACUGCCAACUCUGGGACUGAGAGCUUUAUUGGACUUUCUUUGUGUCUUAUGUGUUUCUUGUAUAUUAAAGGAAGUGGUUUUAAAUGAUGCUUUAAAAAAAAAAAA